UGAAGACCCCCGGACGGCCACAAGUACUGCCGUACUGAUCAUCAUCUCCGUCGACGUCUCUUCUCUCUUACUUGGAUUCUAACUUUGGAUCAAGAACUCCAUCAAAGAGAAAUCUAGAGCAGUUAUAUUAUUUUUACCUAAAACAUGAAACACGGCCUGCCUUUCUCAAUUACCACAUUGUUCGUACUUUCCUGUGCUUUGGCUGUUUUGAUCUGCACCACAGAGGCUGCCAUUGAGCUACCAAGCAACGAGACAAUUCCAGCAGUCAUUAUGUUUGGAGACUCUAUCGUUGAUACGGGUAACAACAACGAUCUCAUGUCACUCACAAAAUGCAAUUUCCCCCCCUAUGGCAGGGAGUUCAAGGGAGGAAUUCCAACCGGAAGAUUUUCCAAUGGCAAAGUUCCCUCAGACUUCCUAGUGGAAGAACUUGGAAUUAAAGAGCUCCUACCAGCAUUUAGGGACCCAACUUUGCAGCCUAAAGAUCUCCUAACAGGUGUAAGUUUUGCUUCAGGUGGCGCAGGAUAUGAUCCAUUGACCUCAAAUAUGGCGUCUGUGAUACCACUAUCCCAGCAGCUACAAGACUUCCAGCAAUAUAGAAGGAAGCUGGAAGGAAUUGUUGGAGAAGAGAGGACAAACUUCAUAUUAGCCAAGAGUCUCACCUUCCUCGUAGCAAGCAGCAACGACAUUGGCAAUACCUAUUUUACUACUGGAAUUAGGAAAUUGCAAUAUGAUGUCCCUUCUUACACUGAUCUUUUGGUCAAUUUGGCUUCUAACUUUGUCAAGGAAUUGUAUGGAAUGGGAUCGAGAAGGAUUGGUGUUUUGGGCGCACCACCAGUAGGAUGUGUGCCAUCGGUGAGAACUUUGGUUGGGGGCCUAGGAAAAGAGUGUGCAGAGGAGCCCAACCAAGCUGCAAAAAUGUUCAAUGCCAAACUUGCUGCAGAGCUGCGUCGCCUUAGCAACAAUCUCCCUCACGCAAGGGUGGUUUACAUUGAUGUAUACAGCCCUUUGCUUGAUCUAAUAAAAAACUCGAACAAAUACGGCUUUGAAAUUGCAGAUAGAGGGUGCUGUGGUACUGGGACUGUAGAGUUAUCAAUACUAUGUAGCCAAUUGGACCCCCACACCUGUAAAGAUGACUCCAAGUAUGUUUUUUUCGACAGUUAUCAUCCCACAGAAAAAGCAUACAAGACACUUGCCAAUCAGCUCCUCGGAAAAUAUGUCAACAGUCUGCUUUGAGAUUGUCAAUUGUAUUUCUUCCUGAUACUCUUUUAUUCCCCCACAUAUGCCAGUGUUAUCUGUAAUGUGUAAUUGUUUCUGCUGAUUUACACAUUUCAGCCAUACUUGUAUCCGUGUGUUUAUGACCAUUUGGCAAUUGGACAAGAUCUAUUUUUAAAAUUUAGAAAUUCUCUUUUUCCA